CACCAGCAGUAGCCCCUUCAUCUUAGACCGCCGGUGUUGCAUUUAUACAAAAACAGCCUCCACACUCAUCAUCAUGACCACCUCCCUUGACGCCCACACACGCCAGUACUCACACAUCAACGGUUCGGAUCAAGACCGCCUCGAGAGGCUGGCCGUAUCCGAGUUAUGCAAAGGUUGGCCCGUCUAUCGUGAUGCUUCGGAAUGGAAGAACUACCGCAGUCUCUUCGCGGAGGAGGCUACCAUCUGGACCACUUGGAGCAAGGCCCAACCAAUUGACAACUUCAUCAACAUAUCCAAAAAGGGAAAGGACCGGGGCGACUUCAUCAUGCACCGGGAAUGCGGCACACUGGUCGAGUACGCCCCGGACCACUCUCGCGCCGUGGGCAAGAUGAAAGCAACCAUCACCCAACGCUUCAAGACACAGCCGUGCAACGCAACCCCCGAUUGUCCUGUGGGAGCCGAGUAUGACGUCGACUGCGAUUGCCGCUUUAUCUUCUUCUGCUUCAAGGAUGCCGACGCUGAUGGCGCCUGGAAAGCCAAGUAUGUCAAACUCUUCUACGAGAAAGACAAGGUGGUCCCUGUCGACGGCAACCACGCUCCAAUCUUCGACAGGGCACUUCUUCAGUCUUUCCCUGACGGAUACAAAUUCCUGGGGGCCGCCCAAAGCUCGCUCGGCUAUCCCGUAGGCCAGCACCUGCCAACUGCGCGGAACCAUCAGUCGUGGUGUGAAAUGUACAUUAAGAUGGAGGAGUGGCUUUCUGGCCACGACGUUGAUCUCUACUGCUGUGAUGAUGUGCAGCAGAAGGACACCCUCACGCUUGUCGAUAUCGAUGUCAGCUGUAGGGACAAUGCCCAACCCGCCAACGGCGCUGGCCCUGAGCCACUGAAAUCCUUGGCUGAACCAAAUAUCGAGGUCAAGUCUGUUACUGCUGUGACCAACGAGAACCAACAUUAUCGCAAGGUAGCUGGCAUCAAGAGGAAGAUAUCAUCUGACGAGUGUUACAGAAAUGUUCGUUUCUGAUUUCACGGGGGUAAUCCGGCAUCUGAACAACCUGUGCUAUCUCUCGUUUCCUCGGAGGAUAUGGCUUCUUCCAUGGGUUAAACUGAACACUUCUUAGAUGUUUGAGCACAUAUGUUACUUAAGUGUGGUACAGCUAUCGUGCAUACCUUCUCAUAUGCCAGGAAACACCGAUCAUCGCAAAUGACACUCAAGACUAGCCCGACUUCUAUUAUGAAUACAUUUAC